CCCUGAACGCAGCAGCAAAGAGUGUGUGGGGCAAGCUGCUCAAUCAAGCCGUCCACUCUCACUCGGCGCAAAACUUCUCCAACACCUGACUCCUUUUUAAUGGAUGCUAAAUGAAUAUAAACCACAAUAAUCGGUCUUGCAAAUACUCCCGGAGUUACAAGUUGGGACCCAGCACACAUACUCAGCCUUGUAGUAAGCUGCACUAUCAAGGAAAUUCCUCAGGCCUCCAGGGUCACCUCUGCAGUUUCAUUAUCAGGCGGUUCUAGCAGCUGUACAAGCUUCUGUGUCCAAAACAACACACACACACACCACUCAUUGGACACUUCAUUAAACAAAACUGUUCCCAUGAUGGAACUUUAAAAGAAGGAAAUGGACUUUUGUGUUAUCAUGACCUGGUUUGAAUCCAUCUGAUCAUCUAUCAAACAGUGGAACAACCCGCCGUCUGCAGGCGCGAUGGCCACUGAAGAAAAUCAAAGCCCAUUCAGGACCGUCGUCCUGGAGAAGCGUUCAACACCACCUUGCACCGCACUCAGGCACGACAGGGAAACCAGAGACUCGAGUGACAGCCAAGAAGUCCGUCAGCACCGGGACCAGUCGUGGCUGCCAAGGCAGCGCAGUAGCCCCGCUCUCAUUUAUUACAGGAAGCUGUUGUGUGACUGUGAGAAAGACUCCAUUUUGGACAAGGAAUAUUUUGAGGAGAAGCUUUUGGUUGACGAAAGAAUAGAAGGACUAACUCCAACGCUUGGUUCAGGAGGAUCGUUGUGCCAGCUGGACUUUGGUGGUAAGGGCACUUUUACCCGGCGUGACAACCCAGGAAAUUGUUGUCACACUCCCACAUCCAGCUCUAGCUCCAGCCCUGCUAACAGCCAGUCGCGCAGUCCCAGCAUCUUUUGGUCCAACCGGCGACGACACAUGCGUCGCUCCAGCCUGCCCGUGUCAGCGCUGGAUUUCUGCAAGACAACACCAUCCCACUGCGAUCCCUCCAGUGAACCUAACUCCCCCCUGCUGCCCGCUUGCCGACAGCGACGUCACAACGGACUGAUUCGCAGACACCGAGUCAAAGACGACUACGUGAGCUUAGAGGGUCUGAACAGGAGGCCGAGUCGAAGCUCCUUGGAGAGGUUCUUCCUGCGACGGGCGUCUCUUGAAUCCAUGCGGGACAAGAGGAUGUCGUCGGAAGGGAGGGCCGGGAGCUUUAGUGGGGGCAGCAGCAGUAGUUGCAGUAGCGAUGGGGAGGCUGGAGAAGACGACUCUGAGUUUGUUAGGAACCGUAAGGAUCGUUCUACCCUCCUGGUGAGGCGGUUCUUUAAGAACAAUCAGAAGAUGACCAAGUCGGUGUGCACUGGAACCAAGGCGAUCGUCAGAACGCUGCCGUCGGGACGCAUCUCAGAGGAAGCCUCUGAGGAGGUUGCUCGCCACUUGACACAGCGACCGAGCGAGGAGGAUAUCCGGCCAAUUCUUAAGCACCAUGUGGAACACUUUAGAGUCUGCAGGAUGAUGUUGCUCUUUGUCUGGGCCAAGAUGCACAAGGUAGUCAACAAUGACCAGGACGCAGCCCAACUUAACCUGACUCAUCCCGCCAAAAAGCUGCUGCUGCUUCUGAGUCGGCCCGCAUGCAUCAGCAACUUCCGACAUUCCUGCUGGCCGCUGCUCCCCGUAAGCGCUCGUCUACCAGGACCGUAUCAGGACCGCAUCCUUCCUGAGCACAGCCAGGGAUCUCCUUGUCCACCCAGGUCUUAUCUGGCAUCUGAUCAUAGGACGUCUGUGUGCUCCCUGCUGACCGGAGCCCUUCUGGACGCCACGGCCGCCCUCGGGGCUCGCUCAGGCCUACCUUGCCCAUUUGUCCAGUCCCCCAACAUGCUGAAAGAGCGUCAGCUGGCCAACAGCAUGACCAGCAGCAGCAGCAGCAGCACGCUUCCUCCCAGCGUGAGCGGGAUCAGCAAGGAGCUGGCCGAGCUGCAGCACCUGGUGCAGUUCCCCGAGGAGAUCGCCUGCAUCCUCACCGAGCAGGAGCAGCAGCUCUACCAACAGGUAUUUCCCCUGGACUACCUCUGCUUUCUGACUCGGGACCUGGGCAGCCCUGAGAGUCAAACCAGGCGGCACCCGAACCUCAAGGCCUCCCUGUCUGCGCCCAACAUGCCCACACAGACAGCCCGGCGCAGUAACGCCGUGGAGGACCUGGUGGCGCGUUUCAAUGAGGUGAGUUCAUGGGUGACCUGGCUGGUCCUGACUGCUGGCUCAAUGGAAGAAAAGAGGGAAGUGUUCUCCUAUCUGGUCCAUGUGGCCAAGUGCUGUUGGAACAUGGGCAACUACAACGGCGUCAUGGAGUUCCUGGCAGGACUCAGAUCCCGCAAGGUGCUGAAGAUGUGGCAGUUCAUGGACCAGUCCGACAUCGAGACCAUGAGAAGCCUGAAGGACGCCAUGGCGCAGCACGAGUCCUCCUCGGAGUACAAGAAGGUGGUAACCAGAGCGCUUAACAUCCCAGGAUGCAAAGUGGUACCUUUCUGCGGGGUGUUCCUGAAGGAGCUGAGCGACGCAUUAGAUGGCACCGCAAGCAUCAUCAGCCUCAAACCACCUGUUGAUAACGCGGAGGACACAAUUGAGUUUGUGUCCGACUACACCGGCCAGCACAACUUCAUGUCCCGCUCUGGCCCAGACGGUCUUCACGUGCCGGAGAAGGAAACCACAGUCAACAACAUCCUGCAGAUAAUUAGGUCGUGCAAUCGCAGUUUGGAGGCGGAGGAUCCCGAUGAUGCCUCCAGCGGUCCUCAGUCUUCUUCCGGGACGGCUCCGGCAUCCAGAAACAACUCCCUCAGGGACCGCUACCGCUAUCAGUUCAUGUUGGGGGACCUGUCCGACUCUGAAGGCGAGCUUUCUUCGGAGCCUGCACCUAAUGAGAUGGAGUUUCAAGGGACCGAGGAGACGCACAGAGCCUUCUGCCACGGCACGGAGCUCAUUCCCUGGUACGUGUUGUCGCUACAACCAGAUGUUCACCAGUUCCUGCUGCAGGGAGCCACAGUCAUCCACUGCGAGCAGGACAGCCACCUGACGGCUCGAUGUCUGCUGAGACUCCAGCCUGACAACACCACGCUCACUUGGGUGAAGCCUCAGAGUGGAGGGAUCUCCCCCACAGAGCCACCACUGGGGAUGGGUCAAGCUGUGGUAGCAGGACUGGCUGAGGGCCUGCUGGACCUGGCAGUGGUGAAGGCCGUCUUUCUGGGUCACCAGGGAGUAGACGUCCACACCGUGUGUUUGCAGAACAAACUGAGCCAGAUGACGGUGGAGGAGAACGGCCUCAGCAUUCUUUACGGGCUCAAUACCACUGAUAACAGACUGCUGCACUUUGUAGCCCCCAACCACACCACACAAAUGUUGUACAAAGGCCUAUCAGAGUUAGUGAAUGCCACCCGCAAGAUGAAGAAGUUUCCAGACCAAAGGCUGCAGUGGCUCAGGAGGCAAUAUGUCAGUCUGUAUCAGGAGGAGGGUCGAUACGAGGGGCCGACGUUGGCCCACGCUAUUGAGCUGUUUGGAGGGCGCAGGUGGAACAUGGGAGCAAGUGGAGGAGACAAGUCUGCAGCCCCUAAAAACAGUCCCCUGGGCAUCAAUGACAAGACCAAGAAGAAGAAAAAGGUUCUUGUGAGGGGAGACAGCGGGGAUGCCACAGAUGACGAGAUGGUGUCCAGGAAAACCCGCAGCUGCAAAGAGGGACUUUAUCGGAAUGGACCGGAGUCAGACAGCAUAGACCAGGACGAUCCAGGUUACACAAUUGCAGACAAAAGGGAGAUAUAUGUGCUGCCUUUUCAAAACGUCCAUCAAUCAUUUUCAUCCUCCACAGAUGACAGCUUCCCUGGGCCGUUCUCCCUGUCCUCUAGAGGAAGUCCGGGACUGCUGGCAUCUUCCUCCUCGUCCUCGUCAUCCUCCAGCAUGGCGAGCUCCAACCAAUCCCGUCCACAAUCUUCUCCGGUCCUCUCAGGAACCUCCAAGGCACAGCCAGGGGCGUGGAGCAGCAGGUCUUGGCACGGCCGUGGCAAAGGAUGCUUCAAAGGCUUCCAGAACCUCAUGAUCUCUGACAGCACCAUGAGCUUCAUCGAGUUUGUGGAGCUCUUCAAAUCAUUCAGCAUUCGGAGCAGGAAGGACCUGAAAGAGCUUUUCGACACAUACGCCGUCCCUUGCAGUCGAGCCACUCCAGAGUCUGCUCCUCUUUACACCAGCCUAAAGAUUGACGACAGAGACGUGGGGCUCCAACCAGACCUUGACCUUCUAACUCGCAACGGCUCCGACCUGGACCUGUUCAUCCGCACGAGGCAGCACAUGUCCGACAACCAGAAGCAGAUCUCAGACGCCAUCGCGGCGGCCAGCAUCGUGACCAACGGGACGGGCGUGGAGAGCGCCUCGCUAGGCGUGCUGGGCUUGGCUAUACCUCAGCUCAACGACUUCCUGGUGAACUGCCAAAGGGAGCACCUGAGCUACGAUGAAAUUCUCAGCAUUAUACAGACGUUUGAGCCGUCAUCAAACAUGAGGCAGAUGGGCUGGAUGUCCUUCGAAGGCUUUGCACGGUACCUCAUGGACAAGGAGAACUUUGUCUCUCGGAACGAGGAAUCCCAGAUGAAGCUCGAUGAGCUCCAGUAUCCCCUGUCCGACUACUACAUAGAAUCUUCUCACAACACCUACCUGACGGGACACCAGCUCAAAGGAGAGUCCUCUGUGGAGCUUUACAGCCAAGUGCUGCUGCAAGGUUGCAGGAGCGUGGAACUGGACUGCUGGGACGGAGAUGACGGCAUGCCAGUCAUCUAUCACGGACACACCCUCACCACCAAAAUACCUUUCAAGGAUGUGGUGGAAGCCAUUAACCGGUCGGCAUUCGUCAACUCCGACAUGCCAGUCAUCCUGUCCAUAGAGAACCAUUGCUCCCUGCCGCAGCAACGCAAGAUGGCCGACAUCUUUAAGACGGUGUUCGGGGAACGCCUUGUGACGCGCUUCCUCUUCGAGAGCGACUUCAGCGACGACCCUCACCUGCCUUCGCCGCUGCAGCUGCGUGGGAGGAUCCUGCUGAAGAACAAGAAGCUGAAAGCUCACCAGGCACCGGUGGACAUACUCAAGCAGAAGGCUCACCAGCUGGCCCACCUGCAGGCUCAGGCCAGCAACGGGUCACCAGGGGCAAGCCACACUAACGAGGAAGAAGAAGAGGACGAAGACGAGUACGACUAUGACUAUGAGUCUUUAUCAGAUGAUAACCUGUUGGACGACAAGCCAGAAGGAAAAAGCUGCGUGGACAAAGAGGAUCAGCCCGUGGACGAGGCGCCCAAGCUGAAGAUGAAGAAAGCUGACAGCAGCACGCAGAGCAAAGGAAAGGUGUUCGACAUGGAGCUUGGCGAGGAAUUCUACCUUCCUCACAACAAGAAGGAGAGUCGGCAGAUCGCACAGGAGCUGUCAGACCUCGUCAUCUACUGCCAGGCCGUCAAGUUCCCAGGAUUGUCCACCUUGUCCCCGGCGGGCUCCGGCAGGGGGAAAGACCGCGGUAAGUCCAGGAAGUCCAUAUUUGGCACGGCUCCCGCCCGCUGCGCACAAACGGGGGAGGUCUCCACGCUGAGCCGCAACCCCGGGAGAGGCGGCGAGCGUCUGAGCUGGGAGGAGCAUCAUCAGCAGACGUCGCCGGCCAACCCGCCGACGUCGCUGAGCGCCAUCAUCCGCACGCCCAAGUGCUACCACAUCUCCUCCGUGAACGAGAACGCCGCCAAGCGCCUUUGCCGCCGCUACUCUCUGAAGCUCAUGCAGCACACGGCCAGCCAGCUGCUCAGGACGUACCCGGCCGCCACGCGCAUCGACUCCGCCAACCCCAACCCGCUCCUCUUCUGGCUGCACGGCAUCCAGUUGGUGGCGCUCAACUACCAGACGGACGAUCUGCCCAUGCACUUGAACGCAGCGCUGUUUGAGGACAACGGCGGCUGCGGAUACGUCCUCAAGCCCGCCGUGCUCCGGGACCGCAGCUGUCCUCUCUACCAGCAGUUCUGUCCCAUGGAGAGAGACGUGGACCGGAGCUGUGCCGCCGUCUAUUGCAUCACGAUCGUGUCGGGUCAGAACGUUUGUCCCGCCAACGGCUCCGGCAGCCCCUGCGUGGAGGUGGACGUGUUGGGCACGCCGGGCGACAGCUGCCACUUCCGCACCAAGCCCAUCCACCGCAACACGCUCAACCCCAUGUGGAGCGAGCGCUUCCACUUCAGCGUCCACAUGGAGGAGCUGUGCUUCCUGCGCCUGGCGGUGGUGGAGAACAACAGCUCCCAGGUCACCGCUCAGAGGACUCUGCCUCUGCGGGCCCUCAAAGCUGGCUACAGACACGUGCAGCUGAGGACGCAGCACAACGAGGCCAUGGAAGUUUCCAGCUUGUUCAUCUACAGCCGGAGGAUAGAAGAAAGUCCAGCAGGGGGCGCCGCUCCUUCAUCCCAGUUGUUCAGUGCGGAGGAGAAACAUGGCGGUCAGCUCCACAAAGUGACGGUGCAUGAAGCUCCUGGACAAGAACCUUUCACCGUCUUCUCCGUCGCACAGCAAACCUCCGCCAAACAACUCCUGGACACGAUUGUCCCCGCAGGAGAGGACCGGCCUGCAGACUACUUCCUGUGCGAGGAGAAGCUCCCGCUGGCCAAGGAGCGCGGGGACGCCAAGCGCUCGGCUCAGCGUCGCCCCCUAGCGGCCGAGGAGGUGGUGGUCAAAGUGGUGGCCAGCUGGGACACGGAGGAAGGAUAUGUGGGCAGGAUUUGUCUUCAAACCAGAGAGGAGAGUUUGAAGGAGAAGAAGAGGAUGGUGGAGGGUGAAGAGGAGGUGGCGGCAGUAGAAGGAGGUGUGGAGGAGGACAUGUUCCUGGUCCAAGUUCAUGAAGUGUCUCCAGAGCAGCCUCACACGGUCAUCAAGGCUCCUCGCUACAGUUCAGCACAGGACAUCAUCCAGCAGACCCUGUCCAAGGCCAAGUAUUCCUACAGCAUCUUGUCCAACCCAAACGCCAGCGACUACGUCCUCAUGGAGGAGGUGAGCAAGGACGUCGCCUCCAAGAAGUCGUCGACCACUAAGCCCGUCCAGCGUGUCCUUCUGGACCAGGAGUGUGUUUACUUGGCUCAGAGCCGCUGGAAGGGGGCGGGAAAGUUCAUUCUCAAACUGAAGGAGCAGGUGGUGCGCGAGGACAAGAAGAAGGUGAUGUCCUUCGCCAGCGAGCUGAAGAAGCUGACCAGCCGCAGUCGCAGCAUGACGACGGGCGUGGCCGUGGUGGACGGCGCCGCCCAGAGUAAGGAGGAGAGAGCUGCAUGCUGCCUGGCUCUGACUGAGCUGCACGAGUGAGCCUCAACGUGUCGUCUGUGCAUGACAACACAGUGCAAACGCAGGGUACCUGUCAGCUGCAUCAGGGCUGAAGGUGAAGAUGGCAGAGAGCAAACUGCAAGCCUCCUCUUCCUCCACUAGAGGGCAACAGCGACACGACAACAUCUCCUUGUCGCCCGUCAGUCCUCUGACAUGGAAGCUUCACCUCCUCAGGAACUGGAAGAUCCACAAAUGACGAGAGAGGAGUUUGUCCUUGCUACAUAGGCUCCUCCCCUUUUCUUGAUUGCUCACCUGAGCGACAGCCGAGCAGGCGCGCGGCUCCGGGAUGCAGAAAGACGAGUCGAUGGCAGACAUGGAGGGGACGUGAGAGGAGGAAGGAGACAGGCUGGCUUGUUGACUUCCUGCACUGUAAGGAGGACAUUUGGCACAAAUAUUACCACACUUUUCUUUCAGUUGUGUCACUUUAACAGAAACAUUAUGUCUAAAUGUUCAUUUUAAGUCCUCAAACAGCAUUUUGCACAUUUCUUUGUAAUGUUUUUUCCUUGUCUUUGGUUAGAAGAGGCUGGAAUGUCAUUGGAUGAUCCAAAAAAGUGACCGUAAAUGCUCCAAUUAUAUUUUUUAUUUUUGUACCGCAAUAAGGAUUAUUAUUUAAAGGUAGAUACAACCACAAAUUGCUGAACGCUCAUACAGUUUAUAGCUGAAUGGUCUAAUGACCUCUGCCAGUCUGUUAGUUAGUACUGUAACUCAAAACUUUGAGAAAAUAUCCGAAGUGAGAUAAGAAACAAGUGAUUAGACUUUUUGGAGCUGAUGCGGAUCAUUUGUAUAACGUGACAAGGCUCAACUUCUGUGUGUGUGUAUGCUUACAGCCACUCAGAGACAAAGACAGUGGAUGAGUGACAAGAGGGUUCACUCUGCUACAGAUAGCGCAAAAAGUUAUGAACGGAUUUGAUUGAUGAAAUUUAAGGAACCAAUAAUUUCAUUUUUGGUGCUGAUCCGGAUCACUAUCUGGAUGUUUUAAACGCCUUCUUUUAUAUUGUGCCUGGGAUAAAUCUCCACUAUUUGAGGACUUUUUUUGGUUAUAUUAAUAAUUUGGAGUGCAUGAAAAGUGGAAAGUAAAAGUUAGCUUUUUGAAAACAUGCAUAUUCUAACGGAACCAAUGUUGUAAUCGCGUUAGACCACAAACUGCUGAGUCACCAUUAAUGUGUUCAUAGUAAACAAAAGUACAUCAGGGGGUUUCCUACUGCUACGGCUAUUAAUGCCAUUUGCUUUUGUAGCACCUGUAGGAGAGCAUGCGGUUAAUUGAAGCAUUUACGGUAAUAACGUUCAUGAAAAAAGAUCAUAUUUCUUUCUUUUGAGUUCAGCCCAGUUGAUUCCAGAAGUGAAAUUCCAAGAAAGUUCUUCAGAUUUAAAAUGGAGUUUAAUUGUGAUGUUAAAUACUUUAGAGGGACGAAUGGUGUUUGAUUCGCUUCAUGAGUUGUGAUAAUUGACAAUUAUUCACUACUAGACUACACAAUAUAAUAACACUAAAUAACUUAAUGGAAGAGGUUUGCUCACAUUCCAUUUUCAAACAGGAAGUGAAUAUGAAGAAUAUAUAUAUAGAUAUAUAUAUAUAUGAAUAAUAUCAGCAGUUAUUUGACUGUUUGCAAGGUUAGAGACAUACUUAUAGUUUGAAUGUAUUUCUAUCAUGCAUAGUUAUAGACAAUGAAGUUUAGUUUGUGUUCAAAUGAUCUUAUUGCUCUUUUUGGCACUAAGCGGCCAAAAUAAGAGCAUUUAAUCAGAAUAAUUGUAAAAAAUAAAUGUAAUAGCCUUCUAUUAUUAUUACUAACUUUAUUCAUUUGACAGGAAGGAUUAUCUCUUAAUUGUGGUCAUAUUUUACCCUUGAAUGUAAUGUAAUUAUGAUGUUAAAAUGCUGACGGUGCAUUUGGAUGUUAUUUAUUGGAACUGUUAAAGCCCUGGUUGGCGUCUUAACUGUUCUAGAUUUUCUUUCUUGUUUUUAAUUUAUUUCAGUGUAUUAUUAUACUGUAUAUAUUGAGAAAAGAUAUUUACUUUGAGGAAAUAUGAAUUUCAGUUAUUGUGAAAGUUCCUAGACAAUUGGAAAUAGUUACUAUUUAAUCCACUGACACAUUUGUUUGCUGACUGCAGGCCAACUUUUUCUUCUUGAAGCAAAUGAGUCAUUUUGUGGAGACAUGUUGCAUAGCUGAA